AUGAUUAUAUAUAUUUAUAUACGGAUAUCUCACCGGAAAAGGUGUGCGUGUAGCAACAGUGAAAAUCCGCGUCUCAUUGUUUUGUGUAACUCAUCUCUUCUUCCUCUUCUCCUUAACAAAAAAAAAAAAACUCGGAACGCCGAAUCAGAUUUUAAAGAUUCCACUUCGACCCGAAUAUCACAAACUCAGGAAAUGUCAAUUACUAAACUUACUAAUACCAAAAUAGCAAACUUGUUCAGUGGUAGGUUAAUAACAAUAAUGAUAACAAUAAGAUAUAAUCUCGACUCUGUCUCUCACAAGAUAGUCUCUGGACCAUGUGGUGAUCCAAAUAUAGUUGUGAGUCUUUCCCUUUCAUACCUCACGUUAUGGUUAAGAGAAAGAAAAGGGUGUCAAACUUUUAACACAAAGGUUUGA